CCCACGAAAGGAAGAUGGAGAUUUGUUCCUGGCGAUGUUCAGGACAUUAAAGUUUUGUCGCAUACAGAUCUGGACAUUACCUUCGAAACGAUUUUUUUGAGAGAGAAGACGCACGGAGGAAAAGAAGUUGCUUUGGAGCAUCCACUGAUAGGGGAGAAAGCUAGACUGGAAAUUGUUAUCCCAAACUUAUCUCGACUGAACAGCAGCACUCUAUCCUUUCCUGGAUUAAAAUGCUUGGACAUUGAUUGGGCCGAUGACUCCUUAAUUUGCGAAUCCGAAAACGUCCUUGGAAGUAAUACCUUCAAUAUCACAAUGACUGGCGAAACCUUAUCAGGAUAUAGAUUCACAAGGGARGUUGACAUUCAACCCAAGAUUGUUGCCGUCAUGUCCGAUAUGGAACCUUGGAUUCCUCUUGUCGCAGGUAAAGAGUUCUUGUAUAACGCUUCCAUUGUAUAUACAGGCUCCAGAUCAAAAAAGACGUUUSGGAUUGAAGUYAGAACCAAUUCAGAGGAGAAAGACAGCAAUAAUGACCAUGAMGAUGSUGGUGAUCAAGACGAUAAAGUGCUAGAAAAGGGCGUAAAUAKCCAGUUCUCCAAGAUCCUGACUGCACCAACCAGCGGUACUUUCAAGGUGGAGAUCACAAUGAAGGAUACAGAUGAUAGAGAUGAUGGAAUAUUCUUUGAGGAUGGUCCAUUCGAAGUGAAAUAAAAAGCUAGCCUUAAUUAAAAUUAAUUCAAGAAUAGAUAUUAAAUAAAGUUAUU